AUGGACUUAAAGUUUUGUGAAAAAGUUGGUUUAGUUUAUGAAGGGGGGAAAGAAUUAACUGGAAAUGCUGUCGGAUAUAGAAAUAAAUGCAAAAGUAAGAGACGUUUGGAUGGACGGGUAGUUGUUAUUACCGGUGCCAAUCAGGGCAUCGGCAAAGAAACUGCUUUACAGUUAUCAUUGAGAGGAGCAAAGAUAAUUAUCGGAUGUCGUGAUCUGACUAAAGCCGAGAAUGCCAUCAAAGAUAUCAACGAAACAAAUCCAAAGGCAGACAUAAAGGCACUGAAACUUGAUUUGGUUUCAUUGAAAUCUGUCCGCGAGUUUGCCCGACAAGUCACUGAAAACUGUAACUCAAUUGAUAUACUUAUCAAUAAUGCCGGCGUUAAUAUACCGGAGCGUAGAGAAACUGAUGAUGGACUUGAAUAUCAAUUUGGUGUCAAUCAUUUAGCUCACUUUCUACUAACUCUACUACUGUUACCAUUACUCCGGAAGGCAUCGACUGGACGUGUGGUGAACGUAGCGUCAAGUGUUCAUCGGAUGGGAAAAAUUGAUUUCGACGACAUUCAGACAGUUAGCAGACCGUACAAUAUGAUGGCGGUCUACGGUAGCAGCAAAUUGGCACAGAUAUUGUUUACCCGUGAAUUGGCCCGACGUCUGGGAUCCGAUUCAAAUGUCAACGUCUAUGCCCUCCAUCCGGGAGGUGUGCGAACAGAGUUGGCUCAAAAUGUUUUGUCGGACAACACCAAUAAGAUUACCGGAGCCGUUACCAAUGUCAUGUCCAAAGUGUUUUUGUUAGACAUUCAAUCGGGUGCCCAGACAUCACUGUAUUGUGCCAUCGAUGAGGCCGUCGAUAAUGAAACCGGAUUAUACUAUGAAAACUGUCGUCGUAUUGAUAAAAUGUGGCCAAAAGCUAUCGAUGACGAGUCGGCUAAACGUUUGUGGGAUUUAAGCGUCGAUUUGGUUAAACUCGAAGAUAAAUAUAAUUUAUUAUAA